AUGAAGGUUUUCACGGUCAUUGUUUUCUGCUCCCUCUUCCUGGGCACCAGCAGCAAAAAUCAGACAACGUUCGUCUGCGGAUUUAUUGAAGGGGCUAAAGCCAUGUGGAGAGACCCCUCUGAGAUGAAAAAAGCCAAUUACAUAGGUCCAGACAAAUACUUCCACGCCCGCGGGAAAUAUGAGGUUGCACAAAAGGGACAUGGGAGCGUCGUGGCUGCUAAAUUGAUCAGGGAUGCCAGAGAGGCUUCUCAGAGAGUCACAGACCUUUUUUGGCCUGAAGACAGUGGCCGCGGAGAGGAGGACUCGAGGGCCAAUCAGCGAGCCAAGGAAUGGGGCCGGAGUGGCAAAGACCCCAAUCACUUCAGACCUGCCGGCCUGCCCGACGAGUACUGAGCUCCCUCCUCACUCUGCCCCCAGGAGACAGGGCUGUGCGCCCAGAAUCAUUGAGUUCUGUAUCCCUAGAUGCUUUUGGAGGGCACAUAGUAGGUAUCUAAUAAAUGC